UUGGAACAACAAUCAGUUGCCUUUUUUUAUCCAAUUUUCUAAAUACAAUUUGUAUCACCUAAAUUACUGUAUUUUGAUUAAUAUUUUCUACCCUGUGAUCAUCAUGAACAAUUAAGAAAAAGCUCUAAAUUCUAAAUAAGUGAAAAGUUUUCUAUUCUCUUUUAUAUUAUUACUCAUUCUUUUUCUUUUCAGUUGAUUCUUCAUCUUGUUCUUUUCUAUCUCUCUUGUUCUCAUUUUUCUCUUCUCUUUUUUUUCCUCUCUUUCUCUCUCUCUGUUUAUUUUAUAAUUCUUCUUCUUCUGAGAGCCGACAACAAUUGGGAACAGUUCUCUUCAUCAUGGAUUUUCAGUGAUAAAUUAUUCUCUCAAUCGAACUGUGUGUUUUCUCCCUUUUUCUACUUUGGAACUAUUUUUCCCUUUGUUUCUUCUUCAAGUUUUGUUUCUUUUGGGAAACAUGUUCUUUCAUAACCAUAAACUUACAUCAAUUGGUUCAUAUCAAAAAAUUCUGCUGCCUGUCUAAAUAUUAAUUCCUAGUUUUUUGGUUCAUUUUCUUGGAAAGUUAUUCUUAUACACAAUGGAACCACCAAGUACAUUAUAGUACACACACAGAAAACACACACAUCAAAUUCAAUCUACACUUUGAUAUAAAUAUUCAAACCAUUGAUCACUCUUCAUCUAUUUUUAUAUAUCCUUGGAUCUCUUUUCAUAAUUUAAAAGCAACUUUUUUCUCCUUCUUAUUAAUCAUCAUAUUCUAAUCGGUUAGUGUUUUUCAUCAAGCAACAAAAAAACUAAUUCGAUAUCAGUGAGGUGCUAUGUGCCAAUGGUUGUGUUUAUUUCCAGUAACCCAACCCUACCUCUAGUUUUGUAACUGUUUCUCUUUCACUUUCUUCAUCUUGUGUUACUUUUUUUCUUCUUCUCCUCCUUUAAGUGUAACAAGAGGACAGCAAAUUGUCCUCUUUGACCAGUGUUCAAAGGAAAAACCAUGUGGCUCAUAUUCCUAUUGAUUUGGAACUUUAUUUUAUUCUCACUAUUUUCCAUAUCAUCUUGUGCUUUACCUAUUGAUAACAAUAGUAAUAACAAAAACAACAAAGAUGCUAAUCUUAAUCUCAACGGUAACUUAAAUAAACACAAAGAUCAAGUUUUACCUUCUAAAGGUAAUGAAGGAAGUGGUGUACCAGCUAAUGAAAUCACGACGAGUGACGAUGAAGAUUUUUUCACAGAAUUUAAAGGCUCUGACCAUUCAGGUGAUGGCCCAUCAGAACUUCAUGUUAACAAGGAUAAAACCGAAGACAUUGUCUUCACUAACCCUGACCAUAGUCAAUCAGUUACACCGAAUAGAAAUCCCGAUUCAAAUAUUCCUGAUGAAGAUGAUGAAGAUGAUACAGAAGAUGACGAAGACGAUGAUGAAGAUGCUGAAGGAUCAGGAGAUUCCUCUCAUUCUGCAGGAGGAUUCAAUAUUCCCAAAGAAACCAUCAUCGAUGACGAUAAUUACGAUAAAAUGCCAACAGGCAAUAAACCAGAUACAACGGAUAUUCUUACAGAUUCAUCUGAAGAUACCAAAGAUAUUAUUAUCGAUGGAAGUGGCAAACCUACUGAUAACUUUUCCCCUGGUAUUCCCGUUGAAACCUCAACAAAACAAACUAAACCAAAUGUUGACGACACUGACCACGAUGAAGAUCAAGAAGAUAACGAUGAUUUAGAUGAUUCUCAUGAUAAUGAAGAUGAUGAUCAUGAUCAAGAUGAAAAUACUCUCAGAAAUGAUAUUUCAAUAUUGGGACGUAAACAAGAUACAAGACCUGUUUCAUUAUUUGCCCAACCUACCAUGUUAGCAGCUGUAAUUGGAGGUAUUGUUGUAAGUCUAUUGUGUGCCAUAUUAUUAGCCAUGUUCAUAAUUUAUCGAACUCGGAAAAAGGACGAAGGAAGCUAUAUCUGUGAACCAAGUCUAACAUCGCCCGUCAUUAGUCAUUACGGAAAAGGAAGUAGUAACAAAUUUUACGAUCCAUGAAAAGAAAAGAAGCAAAUGAAAGAGACUUGUGUCUCUUGGAUUGAGAAAACAAAGGAAGGGGAAUUUCAUUAAGUUAUCAAUGAGAAAUAAAUAAAUCAAUCGGAUACUUCAACGUGUAAAGAAUUGAUCAACCAUUCACAAACAAAAGGAUAUUUAAGUUACUCAUCAAUUUUUGUAGCUUUUAAAAUACUAUUCACGGCUCCCUCUUUACUAUAUAUAUGUAUCUCUCUCUCUCACUCUUUCUCUUCCUAUUUCUACUCUGUCUCAUAUUCACAAAAUUUUUUUAUUCAUUUGUAUUCUUUGUAUCUUCUAACUGAAGGCAAGAUGAUAAUGAUACUAUCAACUAAUUAUGUCAACAUCAUCUCCACCAUGCAAAGGUGUAUAUUUACAAAGAGUUACCUCAAAGAGGUAAAUAAUUGUCUCAGACCCUGAAUUGCUUAACAAAAAGAUGCUCAUUGCACAUAAAUUAUAUAUAGAGUGUAUCAUUUAUAUAACCAACUUAAUCUAAAAAACCAACAAGGAAGUGAAGAGAAAAAAAUGACAUCAUUUAAGCUUUUAAAUGAAAUAAAAUUUUAAAAAAUUCAUUAA